AUGGUUCGCCAGGAGUACGUGGAUAAUUUCGAGAAGGACACCGUGCGCGGCGACAGCACGAAGUGGGUGGACGUGGAAGCUGACGAGUCAGUCCUUGCCACAGCGAUCACGGAGAACAAGGAGACGAAGCAAUGGGAGCAGUGGGCGGGGGUCGUGGAGAGGGGCGAGCCAAACGCGUUCGCGCUGUUCAAGACGGAGUCUGACCGCACCGAUCGCAAAGUGAUGUUGCACUCCGACGGCGCCAGGAGCUACAAAAUGAGGGCGACAGGCUUGCUCCGCGACGCAGCGAUCCACUGCGAGAAGCGCGUUAAGCGGGGAGGCAAGCGGGAGCGGAUGAAAGAUGUCUUCUGA